UUUUCUCUUGUCUUUUUCUCGCAGCUCCAGAGAGCGUCAGAGGGAUAAAGUGAUUCAGAUUCACCGGAGCUCCUUAGUAUAACAGCAAAGAUCCAGUUUUUUUUAUCAUUAUUAUUUCAUUUUAUUUUAUUUCAUCACAUAAAAUGGCAACCAGGAGUGACCACGGAGGAUCAAAAGACGCAUUUGGACGCAAGCAGCGGUCGUGGGGAAUUUAACCACCUGAUGGGCACCGAAGAAACCGAGGAGAGACUGUUUGGCUGUCGCUUGUUGACUUGGUGAUUUAUAAUGCUGAACAAAUAAAGGGCGCCUCAAGUUUGACACAGAGCGUCUGCGUAACAGGCUAUGCCACCGGCCCUUACAUAUUUUGGUUAUGGUAAUGAUGUCAUAAAAUAUCGGAGGCCUGUGCCUAAACGGGAAGACAGGCGGAUCAGGAUCUCCUAUCAUGUAAGUAGCCACAUGGACCGCACUCAGCAUGGACCUAACUGAGAUGUGUUUGUGAUUCUGACAUUCCCACAUUCACGACUGCUUGGUCGAACCGGUUGAUGCCUCAUUUUCUCUCUCUGCGCUCCGAGCUGCAACUUUUCUCCUCUGGCCUGCAUCCACGUCGCCCUGAGGCGGUUACUGUAGCGCUCACGGACCGAACCUCUCACUGACUUAAAAUGGAGUUUGCCAUGGUGGGUGCGGACGGCGGGUGCAAUAGUCACCUGCCUUACGGUUAUGCCCAAGCUCGCGCACGGGAGAGGGAGCGCGAGAGGGAGCGCCAGGCUGCCCAGUCGAGAGCGGCGGCUGCGGCGGCCGCUGCCGAAGGUGGCUCCGGUGCGGAGGGAGGAGGAGGAGGAGGAGGAGGAGGAGGAGGAGGCGGCGGCGGCGGCAGCGGUAGCGGUAGCGGCAGCGGCAGCAGCAUAGGGGGAUCUACCUCCACCUCCUCCUCGAGCGCUCAUCUCCUUAACAACCGCCAGCAUCAGUCUCGCGCCGCCUCCUCCACGAACGCCAACAUCAGCAGCGGCGGUACCGCCUCGCGCCCCUCCUCCUCCUCCACCUCCUCCUCGCAGCCGCCACAGCACCAGCAGGAGCCCGAGCAGCAGCAGAGAGUUCUCAGAGAGCGGAAAAAGCAGCGCGGCGUCGGACGGUGGAGACGCAGCCGGACGACUCUUGGCGGGGACCUGCGCCACUCGGAGUUGGCGCUGCUAGGAUCCGAGGAGGACAUCAUGAUAGAGGAGGAAGAGGCCGAGGGGGCCGAGGAAGAGGAGGAGGAGGAGGAGGGGGGCCGGGGAAGCAAAAGGUCGAGUUUUCUGUGCAACAUGGAUGAUGAGGAGGAGACCGUCUCGCUCACUGACAGGCGCCCUCAGUCCGGAUACGAAAAUGUUUACAGCGAGUGCGGCUGCUGCGAGAGAGUUGUCAUCAACGUGUCGGGUCUGAAGUUUGAAACUCAGCUCAAGACUCUCACUCAGUUCCCAGACACUCUCCUGGGAGACCCGGACAAGCGAAUCAGGUACUUCGACCCGCUAAGGAACGAAUACUUCUUCGACCGUAACCGACCGAGUUUUGACGCCAUUCUUUACUAUUACCAGUCAGGGGGGCGGUUGAAAAGACCAGUCAACGUCCCGUUUGACAUCUUCUCCGAGGAGGUGAAGUUUUAUGAACUCGGGGAAGAGGCGAUACUCAAGUUUCGGGAGGAUGAGGGUUUUGUCAAAGAGGAGGAAAAACCUCUGCCAGAGGACGAGUUCAAGCGCCAAAUUUGGCUGCUUUUUGAGUAUCCGGAGAGCUCGAGCCCUGCCAGGGGGAUAGCAGUCGUGUCCGUCCUGGUUAUAGUUAUUUCUAUUGUCAUUUUCUGCCUGGAGACGCUGCCGGAGUUCAGGGAUGAAAAAGAGUAUCUGCAGCCACGACACAACUCCACUCAACCUGACCACGGAUUUACUCCUUUCAACGACCCGUUUUUCAUCGUGGAGACGGUUUGCAUCAUCUGGUUCUCCUUUGAGAUUAUAGUCCGCUUCUUUGCGAGUCCGAGCAAAGCGGCUUUCUUUAAAAACAUUAUGAACUCAAUAGACAUUGUAUCCAUUUUGCCUUAUUUCAUAACUCUUGGCACGGACCUGGCGCAGCACCAAGGCAACGGACAGCAAGCAAUGAGCUUUGCCAUACUGAGAAUAAUCCGCCUUGUCAGGGUGUUUCGCAUCUUCAAACUGUCCAGGCACUCCAAGGGGCUGCAGAUCCUGGGUCAUACCCUGCGCGCCAGCAUGAGGGAGCUGGCCCUCCUCAUUUUCUUCCUGGUCAUAGGUGUCAUCCUGUUCUCCAGCGCGGUGUACUUCGCCGAGGCGGACGAGCCCACCUCUCAGUUCACGAGCAUCCCGGACGCCUUCUGGUGGGCCGUGGUGACCAUGACGACAGUGGGCUACGGUGACAUGAAGCCCAUCACUGUCGGUGGGAAGAUAGUGGGCUCCCUCUGCGCCAUCGCGGGGGUGUUAACCAUCGCGCUGCCGGUGCCGGUCAUAGUGUCCAACUUCAACUACUUUUACCACAGGGAGACCGACAACGAAGACCAGACCCCGGUGGUGGAGAGCAUGCCCCCAGGCUGCCCGUAUUUCCCGGAAUUCCUACGGAAAUUCAAAGGCUCACCCUCUGGCUCCUCGCUGGGUGACAAAGCGGAGUAUAUGGAGAUGGAGGAAGGGGUGACGGAGUCGCUUUGCGGGCUGGACAAGAGCCCCAGUAAAGGAAACGGCACAGACAUAGGCCGGAGAAACAGUACUAACUCAAAAUCCAUUCAGACUGACGUGUGAUUACAAGUAGAGUUUCGUUUUAUUUUUAUUUUUUUUGUUCAAGGAAGAAUACGCCCUAUAAAGAUACUGUGUGCCCAAGAGCAGGUGGUCCCCCUAACACAAGUUUUACGCACGCCUCAGAAGCCCCCCCACACGUGCGCGCGUGCGCGCAGGCACACUCUCGCCCACACACACACACACACACUGGUCAUCAAUUGGCAGGUUAAAAUAUUUAAUCCUCUCCAUCUCAGAACAACAGUUUCUCCCGAAUCCUCUCCGUAAACACGAGGGAACAAUCAUGACCAAUAUUUGGCUGAAAGGUUGAUUAAUUCAUCUAACCUGUGCGGGCUUCCAAAUCUGACAUAAAAUCAAAACGAAAUUCGAGACAAGACAGGCUAUGCAUUCGCACUUUAUGAGUUUCAUCUGUCAAUAACAGAAAGGUUAGGGAUGAUCGUUUUGCUGUUAUGCAAUAAAGUUUAAAAUUUGUUUGCACUAAUGUAGAAUUUGCGCUGGGUUUGGCUGAUUUUUAUUUUAGAGACAGAAACUGUAGGCCAUGCAGAUGGCAAUAUUUUAGUCAUCCUGAGCUGACCACUUAGCUGAAGAAUGUUUGAGUAACUUCCUCAAAGAGAGCAAACUAAGGAUAUUAAUAACCUCUUUCAUACGCUGCCAGUAAAAAUUUGACUCCAUUAAAGGAAAAGCUGAAGACAGAUAAAAUACUUUUGUUACUGUUCCAACACUUAAUAUUAACAAAAAGCUCAUUGAUAAGACAUAGCAUUUAGCAGCAGUCAUCAAAUAAACCAGGGCUAGAAUUAUUUCUAUGACAUCUACAUAAAAAUGCUUUUUCCACAACACAACAAAAGGCCUUGUGUUGUUGAGCCACCACGAGAGCUAAGCACAGGAAUCAUCAGAGUUUUAAAAAAUGGCUGGAGAAAUGACUUGCCUCGUCAGGUUUUGUAUGGACAGGCUUGGGGCCUUGGCGACAACAGUUUCCCCAGUUUCAGUUGAACCACCUCAAAAUGACAAUAUCCCUUUACACGGACGCAGAUGGAAAGCUAUAGCAAAAAUGACUGUGAUUUGGAAACUCCUUGGAGGGGAGUCUGCUAGCAACUUUCUCUCCUGUCUGCUGGACUUAGUGCACAAUUUCUUUUUUCUCAAGAGGACUAUGACUGUGUGCGAGCUCAGAGGAUCCUCGGGAUGUGGAUGUCUUCCAAGGUAUGUGCAGCCCACAGCUCGUGUGUGACAGUGAUUAUUAUCGAGUGAUGAUGCAAACAAUUCCCGGUAAAUUUCCUGAACCUUUUUUAGAUACCUCUGAAAGGGAAAUUGAAACUCACUCACUACGUACCACAUUUAGAUUGAGAGUAUGUUCUAUAAUAUUUCAUCCUCACAUUUAUUUUUAAAACUCGGUUGUCCCUUUGACCUAAGAAUGACGCAUGGUUAUGCGUGCGUAAUAGUAUGUUAAAUACUGCACAUGGAUGUCGGCCAAAUAUGGCGCCCAUCGCAGUCCUGACGGUAAGGUCAGUUAAUGUUUCUCCUGCACAAGGCCAAACUAAAGUCUGCUAGCCUACAACAUUACAAACAGCUUCUCAUUCGUAUUAGCUGUAAUUAUCUCCUCUGAGGUGACGUCAGGUCAGUCUGCUGAGAACCAGCGGUGUGAUUCUGUGGCUCCUUGGUUCUGAGUGUCUGAAAAGUUUAGAAAUGUGGUAC